UUUUCAAAGGUUAAUUAGAAACAUACCUCGUAUUUCGAAACGAAUAACAAAUAAUGACAUUUAAACAUAAAUUUAUAUUUCAAAUUAGUUUAAAGAAAAAUGUGUUCAAAUAUAAUUAUAAUUUCAAAAAUCUUGAAAACGCUCAAACACACGCUAAACCAAAAAGUUUUUUCCCGAAAAUAUACUAGCAACCAAAUAGUACCCAAAUUUAAAUUGCUUACGGAUAAAGAUCGUAUUUUUACAAAUAUUUAUGGUCGACAUGAUUGGAAUCUAGCUGCAGCCUUGUCACGAGGAGAUUGGUAUAAAACAAAAGAAAUUAUAGCCAAAGGACCAGAAUGGAUUGUUAAUGAAUUAGAAAAUUCAGGUGUAAGAGGUCGCGGAGGAGCAUUUUUCCCAGUGGCUAAAAAAUUAAGGUAUAUGCAAAAGAUUAAGAUAGCAUCACCCAGAUAUGUAGUGGUUAAUGGAGCCGAAGGUGAACCAGGUACUUGUAAAGAUCGUGAUAUAAUGCGACAUGAGCCUCAAAAGAUCAUCGAAGGAGCUUUGCUAGUGGGACGUGCUAUUUCCGCUACAGCGGCUGUGAUAUUUGUAAGAGGCAGGUUUUACAAUGAAGCCUGCAAUCUACAAAUGGCUCUUGCGGAAGCGUAUCAAGCCGGUCUGGUGGGUCCAAAUGCUUGUGGCAGUGGUUUUAAUUUUGAUAUAUUUAUACAACGUGGUGCAGGCAAAUAUAUAUCGGGUGAAGAAACGGCUUUAUUAAAUUGUCUAAUGGGUACAGAGGCUAGACCUCGUAGAAAACCACCAUAUCCCUCAGAAAAGGGACUCUAUGAUAAGCCAACAACUUUACUUAAUGUGGAAACUGUUGCCGUAAUACCCACAAUAUGUCGCAGAGGCAGUAAAUGGUUUUUAAGUCUGGGCUGUCCUCCCUAUAGUCCUGGCUCUAAAUUAUUCAAUAUAUCUGGUUGUGUAAACAGGCCCUGUACAGUUGAGGAAAAUAUGGGAGUUCCUCUUAAGCAAUUAAUCGAACAUCAUGCUGGCGGUGUAAGUGGAGGAUGGGACAACCUUUUAGCAGUAAUACCAGGAGGGUCUUCCACACCCAUACUGCCUAAGAAACUUUGUAACAAUUUAAGACUAGACUGGAAAUCUCUGUCGGCAGUAAAUAGUUCUUUAGGCACUGGUGCUGUUAUAGUAAUCGAUAAAUCUUUUGACAUUUUGGAGGCCACAAAACGUCUAUUAUUAUUUUACAAAAAAGGCUCUUGUCAUCAGUGUUCCCGAUGUCGUGGUCAAUCUGCUUGGGCCUAUGAAUAUUGUCAACAAUUUCAAAUGGGCAUUGGCCAACGUCAGGAAAUCGAUUGGCUAUGGGAAAUUUCUAAAUGGGCUGCCGGUAAUACAAUAUGUUCAUUUUCCGAAGGUAACUCCUUUGCAGUGCAGGGUUUCCUAAGACAUUUUCGCCACGCAAUAGAGAGAAGUUUACAGCGACAUAAAAAGUCCUAAAUACGGCAAUAAGUUUUAUUUGACUUUAAUUUAAUAUUUUAAUUUGUAUUACAAUUUACGGCAGUUAUACAUUAUACGUUGAUGAUUUGCUUUCAAAUAAACCCCUUAAAUAUGAACAUAAAGGUACCACGUCCCUUAUCAGCCAUAAUGAUAAAAUAAUAAAAAUUAAAACUCAUGUGUUUUUGUUAUAUAAAUAAAAAAUAAUAAAAACAAAAUAAAUUUAAAAAUAUUUUAUCUUUCACUCUUUUUUGUCCUCAUAAAAUAUCA